AUGCUGGAUGACGAGACCAUAUGGAGCAGCAUUGGAGGCGCAAGCAGCUUUUGUUCGUUCAAGAUGAAAACAGAAACAGAAACACUCUGCAGAAACGCAAACAAUGUCACCGGGCUGUGCAGCAGAGCUUCCUGUCCUCUGUCUAACUCCAAGUACGCAACAGUCAGAGAAAUAAAGGGGAAGCUGUAUCUGCUGAUGAAAGAGCCAGAGAGAAGACACAAGCCCAAGUCGCUCUACGAAAAAGUAGAGCUGGAUGAGGACUACGACACCGCGCUCAAGACGAUAAGCGAAGAGCUCAAAGGCUGGGGCGUGUUUUUACUGCACAAGUGUAAACAGCGGCUGACCAAACUCUCUGACUACCUAGAAAGAAAAGCGCUAUUAGACCAUAUGGGCCGUCCUGAGUACAUCCACAAGAGAAAGAAGGCAGAGAGACAGGACAGAGCCCGAGAGGCAAAAGCAGCCAGAGUAGCAAAGAUAGAAAGCUCAAUUGAAAAGGAAGUGCUGGAGAGGUACAAGCUGGGCGUGUACGGGAACAAGGGAAUGCUGGAGCAGGAGCAGACAACAAAACAGGAAGAGAAAAGAAGAAAGCUCGGACAGAUACAGACGAGAGGCAUAAAGUACGUAACAGAGUUCGAAGAGGAAAAGACAGAGGAGCAGGAGGAAGAGGUAAGAAAGAAGAAAAUGCGAAUGGAGUGGUAG